AUGGCGCCAACCAGGGGGCUAGUGUCGUCAGGUCGCCAAUAUGUAAGGCUUAACGCGUGCUUGUUCGUCAUGUUUCUCUGCUCAUUUCGUCUUCCUGCUGUGGCUGGUGGGACACCCAAAUGUACUGACUCAACUCCUGUUCUGGACCUCAUUGCCACCGACACUACACCCGUUAUAUUCGAAUGCGGAGAGAAAGUUACGAACCUCUAUCCCCGUCCAGCUGAGGCAGGUGCUGUUAUGGCUUGUACAAGUUCAGCGUGUACAAGUGUGAUAUCACUCGAGUCCCUUGAGGCGACACUGCAACAGCAGAAGAGCGCUACAAAGCCAUACACAUUCACCAUCUCAAGCACCCCCACACAGGCAAGCACAGUUUACUUGCAGUGUUCUUCCACAGAGUCUCCUGCCGAUCAUUCCCGAGUCGACGAAGAAGAUCCCGAACAGACUGGAAAAAGAUGCACGGUUCAGAUUGCCGUUUGGGGACCACCAAUUCAAGGAUCCACUCAGUACCCGACACCAAAGCUUUGGCGACGACGGGUCGGUUUGGAUGCUGCUGUUAUUGUCCCCCUUGCGAAUGUGCUGUUUCCAGGCAAAUGUGCGGCGAACCAAUCGACACUAAACCUUGAAGUCAACUCUUCGAACAAAUCAGUGACAUUUGCUUGUGGCGAUGGCAACGUUCUUUCUCCAGCACUUUUUGACCACGUCUUCUCCGCAGAUGGCUGUACCGAGGAGUCCCCAUUGGCAGAUCAUCUUUCCACUGCUUCCCUGGUGCAACACGGGACCACGGAAGCCGGAGAGGAUGCGAAAAAACCAGCAUACACAUUCCAAGUCACGAGCUUGCCGGCAGAGGAGAAAACGGUGUGUUAUCAGUGCAAGAAAAGUUCUCCAAGUGGACGCAGCAAUGACCCGCCAUGUACAGUGUACAUCAAGGUGGCAAAGGAGGAAACCGAUAGCGGCUCCACGACAACCGCCCCUCCUGACGCUUCAGGAGCUGAGACUGGACGGUGGAGCUGCUUGACACUGAUAACGUCUCUUAUCAGCGUCUCUGUCUUAUUGGCGAAAAUGAUUUGA